ACACCGAAGAGUUCUGCAUCUGUCAUCAGUCUCUCUAGUGCUCUCUCAAAUCUCUCUCUAUCUCUCUGCAAAAAAACAAAGAUAUACCUAAAACGACGUCGCAAAAUGAAUGCAGCUGAAUUUCUCGUGGUCACGGUGACAAGCUGGUUAACACCAACUGUUCUCUUCUGCGUCUUGAACCUCACAAUUGUUACAAUUGUCAUCACUUCGUCCCUCAAUAAACUCGGUCAUCAUCAGGACAACUCGCGUCCACAGCUCGUCCGAGUUCCAUCUCUUUUAGAACGAGUCAAGUCCAUCAACCUCUCUCUCUACCGCACCCAAAAUCUCGAACCGUUGGAUUCCGAAUCCGCCGCCCAUUACACCUCCCCUCCUCAAGAACCAACCGAUUAUCAGAAGUCCGAAGCAAAAGUCGAUGACAUGAAUCACAGUGAAUCUGUGGAGGAUAUUCACGUGACGAGGAGUAGUUCUGAAACUUGCAUGAAAGCUCCGGCAAAAAGGGUGUUAAAGAAGUCGGCUAGUGAGAAGGUGUUCGUGGCUGAGACAGAGGUAGAGGCGGAUCUACGGCGGCCAGUGACAGUGAGAGAAACGACGUAUUCUAAUGGACCGGAUGAUGAGGCUGUGGAUGCUAAAGCUGAUGAUUUUAUUAACAGGUUUAGGCAGCAGUUGAAAUUACAGAGAUUGGACUCUAUUUUGAGGUACCGGGAAAUGAUCAACAGAGGUCUCCAGAGAUAGAAGCUUAUUUUUUGGGACGGAUAUACCCUUCCUUGCUAGGAUUUCUUUAUGCAAUCUGUAUGGUGUGUUUAGUCAUUUUACUGCUUAUAAUAAUGCAAUAGUAGAAUGAGUGGACAGUGUUUUCUUUUUACUCCCCGUCUUCUAAUAAUGCCAUGCCAUGUAAUGUAUGUAAGGUUUUUCUGUCAAAAAAUUCUGUAUUUGUAGCAUAAUUGAAAUGAAUUUAUGUUGGGAGAGCAAUUA